AUGAAAAUUACUUCUUCUGUUCUUAUGGCUAAUUUUAUUAAUUGGACAGUAAGUAUUGAUUGUGGACAGCAAUUGGGCGUUUAUCAAGGACAAAUCAUAUCGGUUGAUGGUGAAAAACAAACAUUAACAUUGAAAAAUUCAUUUAGAAAUGGGAUGUUAUGUGAUACAAAAGAUAUUACAAUAAAAGCUACUGAUAUUGUUGACAUCUGUCUCAUAGCUGAUCCGACCAAUGCACCAGAAGUACCAAAAGUUGUCAAAGCGCAAAGAGAUGAAGCAAAAGCCAAACCAGCGCCUGUAGCAACAAACGGAAUGAGUAGUUCAAAAUCGUCUUGUUAUUCAUCUCAGACAACUCCUCCCGCUAAUAAUCAUAUUAAACGGUGUACUAGUCAACAACAACAUCAAUUUCGUCGUUCUCGUUCAUCGAAAUCAUGGUCGGAUAGUGGUGGUCAAGACGAGCGGCCUCCAACUGUAUCUCAUCCAUCCACAAAAACAUCAGUGAUUGUUGAACAAACAUCAUCACCUGAAAAACGAUCUACUCAAAUAGAUGUUAGCGAUAACCAGGACGAUAAGCAUUUUGAUUUUGAAACAAAUUUAGCUCUAUUUGAUAAACAAGCUAUUUAUGCUGAAAUUGAAUCAGCUAUCGGGAACGGAGAAAAUCAUCUGCACAAUCACAGUAAUUAUCAUCAUCCCAGUAUUCGGCAACAAACACAAAAAUAUCGAUGUGAUCAAAUGAUACUCGGCAAUAAUGAUCCACCUGUUUAUGAACAAAUUAUAUUACCUAGGACAACAACAAAAGUAUAUACAACAGAUGAGGGUCUUGUGAUACCCUGUUUAACGUACGAUUUACGUCAACUAUUAUUUUCAACAGCUGAACAGUUCGGUUAUACAUUAGAACGACAAAUUGAAGCCAUGGGAAGUUGUUGUAUGGAAAUGUGUUUACAUUUAUUAGGAGGCUCACAUAGAAUGUCAUUAAACAAUAGUCAUCAACGUCCAGUUGUUGUCGUCUUGGCUUAUUUUGAAGUUCAAGGUGCUUAUGCAAUAUGUUGCGCUCGAUUAUUAGCCACACGAAAUGUUCAAGUUUAUUUAUAUAUGCCCGAUGGUCUUCAACAAACAUCUCUCGCUUAUAAAGAAUUACAAUUAUUUAAAACAACUCAAGGAAUUUUAACCAAUAAUGUUAAUAAUCUUCCUCACGCACCCGUUGAUUUACUCUUGAAUGGCCUUGAUAGUACCAAUGAUCAAUUAUUAUUUGCAAAAAUUUGGUAUCGCGAUCUUGUCUCGUAUUCAAAUCGUUUACAAGCAAAUAUUAUUGGAAUUGAUCCGCCUAUGGAUGGUGGAGCUAUUGGAUGUAAAUGGUCACUAUUACCUGUACUACCGUUACACAUGUCAAAAAAUGUUGGAAGUUUAUAUUUGUGCGAUUUAGGUUUUGGUCGUCAAAUAUUUGAAAAAUGUCAAAUUCAAUAUAAAUCACCCUUUACAAAAUCGUUUAUUCCCCUUCAUGACAAGCAAUAG